UUGUCCCUAUCAUUGGUUGAUGAGAUUAGAUUAGGUUUGCUUGCUCCUUAGAAGGAAGGAAGCCUUGUUCAUCGUCGGAAAUUGCGGCUAGGGAUUUUGAUCCAAAAUCAUACCUUUCUACUGCUUUCCGGGGAGGUAUUCAUCUCUUUCCUGGAAUUUCUGGUCCUUUUAAUGGAGGUGGGAUCGCAUCGGUGGCUGUGUUAGUUCCGAAGAUUCCUCGGGUGCCACUUUGAGGGCGGAGAUUUGGACGACGUUUUGCGGAGAUGGCGACCACGAAUCCGUUUGAUCUACUGGGCGAUAACGACAACGAUGAUCCUUCGCAGCUCAUCGUCGCCCAGAAACAAAAGUUAGAUGCUAAGAAACCCACUGCGCGGGCCUCUAUUGCUCCGGCAGCGGUGAAGCUUCCGACGAAACCGGUCCCCCCUGCUCAAGCCGUGAGGGAGUCGAGGGAAGCGAGAAGCAACACCGCUCCAGCGCGUGGUGGGGCUGGUCGUGGUGGAUCUGGUCGCGGGCGAGGUGAUGGACGAGUUCCAAGUCGUGAUUUUGGAAAUGAGAACCCGAAUGAAUUUUCCAGGGGCUAUGGUGGUGGUGGUGGUGGUGGUGGUGGUGGUGGUGGAGGAGGAGGAGGAGGAGGAGAAGAUCGUGAUAAUGACAAGCCUGACAAGGAACGCCCUCCACGUCAGCCUUUCAGUGGUGGCCGUCGUGGUGGCUAUGCAGGCCGUGGAAGUUGUAGGAAUGAUGAAUCUGGAGGCGACUCUGAACGCCCUCCACGUAGGUUGUAUGAGCGUCGGAGUGGAACUGGCCGUGGCUAUGAGACGAAACGUCAAGGUGCUGGCCGUGGCAACUGGGGAAUUGUAGCUGAUGAAACACUUGAACAGGAAAAGGAUGAUGUCCUUAAGUCUGAUGAUAAGUUGCCAAUUGAGAGGCAUCAAGAACAGGAAAAUGCACCCUCAACAGAGGAGAGUAAGGAUAAGGAGGGCACUGCUAAUGAGACUGAAGAAAAGGAAGAGGAUGUGGAGAUGACUCUGGAAGAAUAUGAGAAAGUAAAAGAGGAGAAAAGAAAAGCCUUGCUUGCGAUGAAAGCCGAAGAGAGGAAGGUUGUAAUCGACAAGGAAUUGCAGUCAAUGCAGCUACUAACAACAAAAAAGGAAAAUGAUCCCGUUUUUGUCAAAUUGGGUUCCGACAAGGAUGGAAAAAAGAAAGAAAACAUUGAUCGCGAUGAACAAAGCAAGAAACCUCUGAACAUCAAUGAGUUCUUCAAGACCAGUCCAGGUGGCCGUGGGCGUGGCAGGGGAAGAGGUAACCGUGCACCAUCAAGAGAUAGUAUCGAAGGAGGGGGAUCAAGCUUCACUGCCACUGUUGCUCCAUCAAUCGAAGAUCCUAGCGAGUUUCCCACACUUGGGGCGAAGUAGAGUAUUAUUAUGUUUUACUUUCCGAGUAUUUAUAAAUCCUUGAAUCUGUAGAGAAUUUUAGUUCUUAAGCCAUGCCAUGCCAUGCCUUGUCAGAUAUUGACAUUGUGUCUGUUCUUCAUUUCGCUUGAAAUAUGCACACUGGAUAAACAUUAUUCUCCAUAUGCCUGGGCUACUUGCAUCUAAACACUGAAUCAGUUCAGUUUUGUCCA